UCUAUUGAUUCCUUGAGCACUGAUUCUCUUUCAAAUAAAAUCUUCUGUUCGUCCGCCUCAAUUGUAGUGCAGUUCUACAUGGGCAGGUGGAUGGAGGUGGAACUAACUGAUGGGAGGCUUAUUCGCGGUCAAAUGAUGUGCACCGAUAGACGACCUAAUUUCAUACUUGGUCGACGUUUAGGCCAACUCGUCGUCGUGGAGGUCCUUGAAGACGACGAAUUAGUCGAAAAGUCGACCUAA